AUGAAGCGAGAAGACGACUUCGGUUGGUUUUGUUCUUUAAAAAAUUUCCAUGCCCAAGAUAUCCGUUUUCAUUGGCUUCUGGAUCUGGUUUCAUUGGCAUUCGGAUUAGAUUUUUCUCAAAUGAUGUUUCAUUUACAUUCUUAUUAAGAAACCCCUCAAGCCUCUAGUAUUUCAAGAAAUAGACUGUUAAAUGCAUCAUUCUUAAUUCUGAAAUAGGUCAACUAGAGUCUAGUAUCCGAAGACGAACCCAAUAAUUAUGUUGAGUUUAUGAUUACAUGGCACCUCUCCCAUCAUAACCACCACAUCAACAACAUGUUCCUCCGCUCUGUUGCAUCCCGAAUCGUCUCAAUUCGGCCGACCGCUUGUGUACUUGUCGGUCCCAUUUAUUUGGCCACCCCGUGUUCAUCUCCCGUUACUAUGUGUCCGUCGGGGAAAUCAUCGAAACAAGAUGACGUCACCAUUGGUCACCGUCUGCUCAAUCUGCCAGUUCAGCUGCUCCGCCGACAUCCGCCGCCGCCGCUCGCUUUCCCGACCAACCUUAUCAUUAGUCGCAUUCGCCCGCCUGAUUAGUGAUCUCGUUAAGCCAUGUGUCAUGUGUGUGUGUGUGUGUGUGUGUGUGUCUGAAAGUGCAACGUCUGACUUCUCUCUCUCUCGCCCUCCGAUGUCUCUCGUCGCAAUGAACAAGUGACGCACCUCUAUUCUCCUCUUCUCACUCCCGCGUGUCUCCUCUCGCCUUCUAAAAUUGUUGUUUUUGCUGCAUUCAUAUAAUGCUGGCCAACUCCAACAUCAUUUUGCGCAUUUUUCAAUAGCAACAAUUGCAAUAUUGUGCAGUUUCAGUCAUGGACCUAGUCGACCCGCUUGCGGAGCCGUGCGCCGUAUGCGGUGACAAAUCAACCGGGACACAUUACGGAGUCAUCUCGUGCAACGGAUGCAAAGUAAGACUUUUACUCACUUGUUGGAAUUGAUAUUAUCCAUUCCACGGUCUCCGUGUGUAACAUUUCGAUCGACAUUUCGAUCGGCAUUUUGGAGCAAAAUUUCGCGUUUUCGCACAAACUUAGCCAUGAAAAUGAAUCAAUUUCCCAUUUGUGUUCCAAUGUAAUCAUUGAAUAGGUUAAAACAGAUUUUCAAGCAGUUCUAUAUUCAUUUUCCAGGGAUUCUUCCGCCGAACCGUACUCCGCGAUCAGAAAUUCACGUGCCGCUUCAACAAACGAUGCGUGAUCGACAAGAACUUCAGAUGCGCGUGCCGCUACUGCCGCUUCCAGAAGUGUGUGCAAGUGGGAAUGAAACGAGAAGGUAAGCGUCUUCUUCUAUUUCUCCCGUAAAAAGAUGCUAGCGACCUCAUUCGCGCUAGAUGUCAAUUCGAGAUAGAGGCUCGACGGAAAAAAUAAAAAAGUUACGAUCUUCUUCUUCUUAUUCUUUGUCUCUUGCGGCUUUAGUCGUUCCAUUCCCUCCCAAUCUCGUCUCCUUCCAGCCAUUCAAUUCGAGCGUGACCCAGUCGGAUCGCCGACUUCUGGAGCCAGCGUCAACGGUAAUUCGUUUAAAAAAGAUCGGAGCAGUCCGAGCUACGAGAACGGCAACAACGGCAACGUGGGAAGCGUUGGAUCGAACGGCGGCGGACAAGAGAAUAUGCGUAGUGCGGCGGCGCCGACGAGCAGUGUAAUCGACGCUUUGAUGGAAAUGGAGUCGCGUGUCAAUCAGGAGAUGUGCAAUCGGUACCGACGCUCUCAGAUAUUCAACAUGAACGGGAACGCGGGUAGCGCCGAAGCGGACGGCGGCCUCCAAGGCGGACUGUCAGCGACGAUAGACUCGAGCGGCAAUUCGGCGUUUGCGCCGCCCGCCAAUCGACCGUGCACAACCGAGGUAGUGGUGGCGUGGAGAGGCUUUUGGUAAAAUCCACAGUUGAAUGCUUUCAGGAUCUGAACGAGAUAUCGAGGACGACCCUGCUGCUGAUGGUCGAGUGGGCGAAGACGAUCGAGCCGUUCAUGGAGCUGACGAUGGAGGACAAGAUCAUUUUGCUCAAGAACUACGCCCCACAACACUUGAUUCUGAUGCCGGCGUUCCGGAGUCCCGACACUACUCGUGUUUGCCUCUUCAACAAUACCUACAUGACCAGGGACAAUAGCACGGAUCUCAACGGAUUUGCUGCCUUCAAAACGAGCAAUAUCACGCCCCGAGUGUUGGAUGAAAUCGUCUGGCCAAUGCGACAACUGCAAAUGAGAGAACAGGAGUUUGUGUGCCUCAAAGCCCUCGCUUUCCUGCAUCCAGAAGCCAAGGGACUCUCGAAUCAGUCGCAGAUGAAGAUCCGAGAGGCCAGGAAUCGAGUGCUCAAGUCCCUUUACGCAUUCAUCCUUGAUCAGAUGCCCGACGAGGCGCCCACGCGGUACGGUAACAUUUUACUGUUGGCCCCUGCGCUCAAGGCGCUCACUCAGCUGCUGAUCGAGAAUAUGACGCUGACAAAGUUCUUCGGAUUGGCGGAGGUAACUAGUUGAAUCGAAAGAAGAUCGGGUUAGCAUGAAUGGAAAGUUUCAGGUGGAUUCUCUCCUUUCGGAGUUCAUUCUGGACGACAUCAACGAUCAUUCGACGGCGCCAGUCUCACUUCAGCAGCAUCUGUCGUCGCCGACUACUCUGCCGACGAAUGGAGUGAGUUUUGUCAGUUUUGACGAUUAGCUGUGCACGGAUCCCUUCCAGGUCUCUCCACUGACUGCCGCUGGAUCCGUUGGCAGCGUCUCUUCCGUCGUCUCCGGAAUCACGCCGACCGGAAUGCUCUCGGCCACCCUCGCCGCCCCGCUGGCCAUUCACCCCCUCCAGAAGCCAGAAUCCUUGCUCAACGGCAAUUCGGUUUUUGAUCAGAAGCCGCCGACCAACUAA